AUGGCAAUCACGGAGGGAUAUGCUCACCCCAACUCUGGAAAUACGAGCUAUGUUCCACAGUACACUCGGGGAUUGUUGGGGGUCAAUGUUAAACUAGAUACCCUGCUGAUUCAAAUUAUAUCCGCGUCUCUUGGGGCGACAUGCCUGGUCGUCCUGGUUGCGAGAUUCGCACAGAUGUGGCAUGCCUAUAUGCGUCGAGUUACCUCGUUUCAGGCGACCCCUAAAUACCAACAAUACUGGGCUACAGCAGAAUCAUCACAAUGGGCUGAUAUCAAAAGACACCUGAUGUAUGCUCCGUUGGGGAGGAAGAGGCAUAAUCGAGAGUUUAAGCUUUCGGAAGCUAUUAACGUCGGGACGCUGCCGUCGCGUUUGCAUACGAUCCUGCUCACCACCUAUUUCCUGAGCCAGGCAGCUUACAUCACUUUCCUUGAUUAUAAAGUGAAUGAAAAGGCUGCUUUGAUUGCAGAGCUUAGGGGAAGAUCUGGAGUUUUGGCCCUUCUUAAUAUGAUUCCGCUGGUUAUAUUCGCAGGCCGAAACAAUCCCCUUAUUCGCUUGCUACAUAUAAGUUUUGACACUUACAAUCUCUUGCACCGAUGGAUAGGACGCAUGGUGGUUCUGGAAAGCGUUCUUCACACUGCCGCAUGGGCAACGAACUCCGUUAGUGCUGGUGGAUGGAAUAAUACCAUGGCCAGUUUGAGAACUGUUCCAUUUUUUACCGGGGGCAUGCUAGGGACCAUUGGCAUGGUGUUUUUACUACUUCAUUCGCCGUCCCCAAUACGACAUGCAUUCUACGAAACUUUCUUGCAUCUACACCAAUUAGCAGUUUUCUUGACUUUCGCGGGAAUUUAUAUGCAUCUUUCCAUUGACCGUCUCCCCCAGCUCCCCUGGCUACAGUUUAUCAUCACCUUCUGGGCGGUAGAGCGACUGACUCGUUUCGUACGACUGCUUUAUUUGAAUUUUUCUCGCCGCCACGGGAUGACGCACGUCAUGGUGAAAGCUCUCCCCGGAGAAGCAAGCAGGGUGACGUUUUUCCUUCCACGCAACGUCCGUAUCCAUCCCGGCAGCCACGUCUACGCCUAUAUACCUCGAAUCUCCUUUUGGAUGUCCCACCCUUUCUCCAUCGCGUGGGCAGAAACCGGCAAGAAUCAUAUGCCACCAAACUAUUCUAGUGAUACAUCUUCACGGGGUAGUCUGGACCCUUCAUCCGAAAAGCGCGAGAUCGACAACCCGGAGUUCACUAGCAACAGAUUCCAGCCAACAAACGUGACUCUAGUCAUGGCUGCCCGCACAGGAAUGACCCGAAAACUCUACCAAGCCGCACUCGCCUGCCCCAAUAAAACCUUGUACACAACCGGGUUCAUUGAGGGGCCAUACAGAUCAUUUCCAUCAAGCUUCUUCGCCAGCUAUGGCACCGUCGUCCUCUUCUCCGGCGGUGCCGGCAUAACACAUCACCUCAUGCAAACCCGCGAACUGCUCGAAAACGCAAUAAAAGGCACCGUCGCCACGCGUCGUGUCUAUCUUGUUUGGUCUGUGCGUACAACAGAACACCUCACGUGGGUGCAAGGGUUCAUGGACUAUAUCCUGCAACUGCCCAACCGACGUGAAAUGCUGAUUACGAAGCUCUUCAUCAGCAAGCCACGGAGUAUGCGGGAGAUCCUGAGCCCUAGCGAGACGCUACAGAUGUUUCCCGGUCGAUGUCGACCGGACGUCGUGCUUGAUGAGGUUAUGCCGAAUCAUGUGGGUGCGACGGCUGUGUCUGUGUGUGGACCGGGGGCGUUUGCGGAUGAGGUACGCGCGUCCGUCAGAAAGCGAGUAGGCAUGGGCCCUGUGAUUGAUUUUGUGGAGGAGUCGUUUACGUGGUAA